AUGGCGUCGCAAGAAAAUCUUUAUUCCUCAUUUCAGAUUGUUGAUGAAGAAGAAUUUUUAUCAUAUUUUAAGAAAUUAGGUGAAGCCAUUCUCGUCAUUCCAAAAGAAAUCCUAUAUUUCGCAAAUGUUGCACUUUCAAAAAAUUGUAUGGGAGCAGCAAAGAAAAAGGUAACAUUAGACACAAUUAAAUCGAGUGAAGCAACAGAAACUGUUGCAGUUUUGUGUAUAGACGACCCUGUGAUGCUAACAAAAAUUUGUAAAAAAUUAGAGUUAGUUCCGAAAUACAAGAAACACAUAAUAAUGAUACCAAGAUAUAGUCCAAGCUGCCAAUCCACAUUUGAAAAGAUUCCAAAUCAUGAAGAUAUUCAUAUCACCGAAUUUCAUGCCGAAAUUAUACCAAUAGCACCUGAUAAAUUCAUUGUUCCUGUUCCAUUAGCUUAUAAUAAUUGCUUCUGUGAGGCAGAUAUAUCAGAUGUUUAUACGAUUUCACGUGCUUUGCUCAGAUUGACGUUAAUUCACGGUUUUCCAUCAAGAGUAUUUACAGCAGGCACUAUAUCAAGACGAGUAUACGAAUUGAUGCAGAAUUUAAAGCAUCAGAUCUGUUCAGAUAAUUCAUCAACUUAUUUUUCCACGAAAGGCGCAAAGUACGAUGAUCUUUUCAUAAUUGAUAGAUCAUGCGACAAUAUUACACCAUUUGUUACACAAUGCACUUACGCCGGAAGACUUGACGAAGCAUUUAAUCCGAAAUACGGUUUCAUGGAGCUCCCAGACGGAAUUCAAUUAGAAGGAUAUGCACCAAAUAGUACCAUAAGACUUGAUGACAACGAUUUGGUCUACAAAGAGGUUAAAUCAAUGAAUAUCGCAUUUGCUUUUGAUUGGAUGCGGAAUAUUUCAACAGAAGCCACGAAAAUACAAGGUUUACUAAACAAAACAAGGGGUACACCCGAAUGGAGACAACACAGUCGAAGAGCAACCGAAAUUUUGAAAAUUCGACCGUUUAAUAACCUCCAUUACCAGCUGAUUGAUCGAAUUCCUAUGGCGCAGACGUAUGUUAAGCACAUGAGGGACUUCCAAUUCGACGUAAUCUUCAACAACUCCACUGAUUUUGAUCAAAUUUAUGAUUUCAUCCACAGAGGAAGGUAUUCUGACGCUCUACAGAUGCUUAUUCUCUCAAGUGUUACCAGUGACGGCAUUCCGCAGUCACAACUCAAAAAAUUUGAGGAAAUUUUAUUAUCAUUAAUUGGUUUUGACUUCGUUCCUGACUGGAUUCGGCUACAGGCAGGCGGACUGAUCACUCCUAGAACGUUUUUGAAGUUCGGAUCGAAGUUUUCGACCGUAAUGAGAGAAUUAAAACUUUUGAUUGACGACGAAAAGGCUCCUACCAACGAUUUCUAUGCAGGAUAUUACCCAAUAACUGCUAGAUUGGUCGAGAACUGCCUCAAAACUGGCUGGGGACCUUCUUCUGUCUGUAAUAAGACAAUGAAGAACAUGGGAAUCGAAUUGAACACGUACAAAGUAGAUGAACAACAGCCUCCGAAGAAGUCUAGCGAUGGGAAACCAUUCAGGAGAGUUCUGGUGUUUGUUGUUGGUGGAAUGACGAUUUCGGAAAUGUCAAUUUUCGAAAAAAUGGGUGAACAACUCUUCAGUGACAACCAAGAGUUUUCAUAUCAAUUCCACUGCGGAUCAACAGACUUAAUCACUAGAACUCGCUUAGUUGAAACUUUUUGUCCGUCCCUCGCCAAAAAUACCAUCUAA